GAUUGCAAUUCGCGUACAAUAAUAAUAAGUUGAUUUUUAUAUAUCGUGGGAAUCACCGAACAUACAGAAAUUCAAGAAUUUUUUGUUCUUUUUUGCCUUGCUGUUUGAUUUGUAUACUUAAUUUUAUUGUUUUUUUCGUGUUUUGAUUGGUGAGCCUGGAAAAAAGCAGCUUUUCAGUGGUUGUUGUUUUGAAAAAAAAGUUGUCUUGUAGCCACGAACAAAAGCAAUUUUUACGGUUCACAAUAAAGCAGAUAACAAGAAAAGACAUGUCAAACCAAAACCCAAUACCAUAGAUCAAGUGGGGGAGAAAAGAGAUAGAGAGAAGAAGAAAAAAUAAAUACACAUCGAUUAAAGUGGAAGAAAUUUAUUUAAUGAAAUGAAUCAGUAAAUUGUAAAUUGUGUGUUGUCUAUAAAUAUAUUUUUGCGAUAUCGACAAGUGCAAUAAUAUUGUCGCUGUACAAAAAAAGACGUGAACGUAAAAAAAAUAUUGUUCAAACAUGAUAACUGCAAUUAAAUGCAUGCAAAAACGUUGUUAAACGAUAUCAGAAAAUUAAUAUUCCGAAAAAACCAAAUGAGCGCUUAUCGAUGCAUAUGAUUGAGUAGUUUACACAAAGAGCAAACAGCAUUUUGGCUCCCAAAUCACAAUAAGUAAGUACGGUAAGCAAAUAAGAGUGUGCGUGUGUGCAAACUACAAAUGAUAUCGACAACGAAUGUAGUGGAAGCGAUAACAGCAUCAAAAAAUACAACAACAACAACCAUAAAGCAAAACACAAACAACGAUUCCAUACAUUCGAAGUAGCAAACAAAUUUGGCCAAACGGUGCAAAAUCAACAGCAACCAACCAUAACAAAUCUGUGUGAACAUGGCCGAAAAUGUAAAUAGAAACAAUCAAGGAUAUCAUCAGUUGAACAUAACAAUUGAAAAAGCGUCGCUAAGAAAUAACGGCAUCUUCAAACCAAACCCAUAUGUUGAAAUAUCCAUUGAUAACAAUAGUCCACGAAAAACUGACAUCAUCAAACACACAUAUUUACCAAACUGGAAUGAAACAUUUACAGUUUGUGUUACACAAUCGUCCGAAAUUACAUUUCGUGUAUUGGAUCGAUCGAGUUUUUUAAAGGAUUCAUUGUUAGGCGAACGUAUUGUGCAUUUGGCACAAAUUUUAGAACAUUAUCAUGGACGUUGUGAUAAUUUAGAAUUAGUUAUGGAUCUAUUGGGAUCGUUAAAACCAGAGGGCCGAACAAAAAGCGGUGAACUUGUUGUAGUAUUAAAUGGAUUGAAAAUCGAAAAUGUGCCAGCGAUAUCAUCAGUUCAUUCGACAAACAAUGUUAGCAAUGGCAUGACAAUCACUUCCACUGCAACUCCAAGCAAUACCAGCAAUUGUUCAACAGAUACAAAUGCAUGCAUGAAUGGACGCAGCAGCAUUUUAUGCGGUGGGAUACGAGCACGUAUGCGUUUGCGGACAAAUAAUUCAAAUAUGCCAGCGACAUCAAACGGGCAUCCAAUUGCUGGGCCAUCGUUAAGUGCCGACGGUUCAUUUAUGUUGGGCGGUGCACGAAGUAUAAAUGACUUGAGAAAUACACGGUUGACGCCAAAUGACCCGAAUAAUCGACGUCACAAUGAAUUUCCCGAUGGACAACAACACAGCCGUAGUGUGGGAAAUCUUGGUAUUACAAAUGUUUCUUGUGGACCAAGUGCCAUUCGAAGCAGUAGUGCUGGUGCUGGUGGUGGCUUAAAUUGGGAUCCAUCACAAACAAUAGUGCCAUGUAACGGAAGUACAUCAAUGCAACGAAAUUUUGUGCAUCCAAAUGUGCCCCAAACUCCAUUGACUUCAAAUUCCGAAUCAGUGUCACCGUCAAAUCAAUCUAAUCAACCAGUCAGUCCUCAACAAAAUGGUGUUGCACCGGCACCCAAUUUAAAUGCCGGCGAUCAACAAUUACAAGUUCAAACGUCAACUGACGAAGAGCAGUUGCCUGGAGGUUGGGAGGUGCGACUCGACCAAUAUGGCAGACGUUAUUACGUAGACCACAAUACACGUAGCACCUACUGGGAAAAACCAACUCCAUUGCCACCAGGUUGGGAAAUUCGGCGUGAUCAACGUGGAAGAGUCUAUUACGUAGAUCAUAAUACUCGUACAACAUCAUGGCAACGGCCAAACAGUGAACGUUUGAUGCAUUUUGCAACAUGGCAAAAUCAACGAUCACACGUUGUAUCGCAGGGAAAUCAACGAUUUUUAUAUCAAACACAAACUGCGCCGAGUGGUGGCUCUACCGCACCAGACGACGAUGAUGGCUUGGGCCCAUUGCCAGAUGGUUGGGAACGAAGAGUUCAGCCGGACAACCGAGUAUAUUUCGUGAAUCAUAAAAAUCGAACCACACAAUGGGAAGAUCCACGCACCCAAGGACAAGAGGUUAGUUUAAUGAAUGAGGGACCAUUGCCACCAGGAUUUGAAAUUCGUUACACAGCAACUGGUGAACGCUUCUUUGUCGAUCAUAACACACGAACAACAACGUUCGAAGAUCCACGACCUGGUGUACAAAAAGGUGUCAAAGGUGUAUAUGGUGUUCCACGUGCAUAUGAACGUUCAUUCCGAUGGAAACUUAGUCAAUUCCGUUAUUUGUGUCAAAGCAAUGCGUUGCCAUCUCACAUAAAAAUUACCGUGACCCGUCAAACGCUGUUUGAAGAUUCAUAUCAUCAGAUAAUGCGAUUGCCAGCCUAUGAGCUACGUCGUCGACUUUACAUCAUAUUCCGUGGUGAAGAGGGGCUCGAUUAUGGAGGCGUCUCACGUGAAUGGUUUUUCUUAUUGUCUCACGAAGUGCUGAAUCCAAUGUAUUGUCUCUUCGAAUAUGCCAAUAAAAACAAUUACAGUCUACAAAUAAAUCCAGCUAGCUAUGUGAACCCAGAUCAUCUGCAGUACUUCAAAUUUAUCGGACGAUUCAUAGCGAUUGCAUUGUUCCAUUCGAAAUUCAUCUAUUCGGGCUUUACGAUGCCAUUCUACAAGCGUAUGCUAAACAAAAAACUCACGACAAAGGACAUUGAAACAAUUGAUCCAGAAUUCUAUAACUCGCUCAUUUGGGUGAGAGACAAUAAUAUUGAUGAAUGUGGUUUGGAGCUAUGGUUUAGUGUUGAUUUCGAAGUGCUUGGUCAAAUUUUACAUCAUGAACUGAAAGAAGGUGGCGACUCAUUGCGUGUAACUGAAGAAAAUAAAGAGGAGUACAUUGGUUUGAUGACAGAAUGGCGAAUGACAAGAGGAAUCGAGCAACAAACACGAACAUUUUUAGAAGGAUUCAAUGAGGUCGUUCCAUUAGAAUGGCUGAAAUACUUUGAUGAACGUGAAUUGGAGUUGAUGUUGUGUGGCAUGCAGGAAAUUGACAUUGAAGAUUGGCAACGGAACACCAUUUAUCGCCAUUAUAAUCGUAACAGCAAACAGGUUGCAUGGUUCUGGCAGUUCGUGCGAGAAUCAGACAAUGAAAAGAGAACCCGACUCUUACAAUUCGUAACGGGAACAUGUCGUGUACCUGUUGGUGGUUUCGCUGAAUUGAUGGGCUCAAAUGGUCCGCAGCGUUUCUGCAUCGAAAAAGUUGGUAAAGAUACAUGGUUACCACGGUCGCACACAUGUUUCAAUCGUCUUGAUUUACCACCGUACAAAAGUUAUGAUCAACUAGUUGAAAAACUAAACUAUGCCAUCGAAGAGACCGAAGGAUUUGGACAAGAAUGAAGUGGGAAAGAGGGCAUGCAAUCAAAUAGAGACUCCUCAAUCUGACAUUUAUUUUAGCAGAACUGUAUUGAAUAUUACAAAAGAAAAUAGGUGAACGAACCCAUUUCCUUUGUGGUCUGAAAUGUGUAUAUAAUAAGAUGUUUGCAUCCAAUAGACAAAAUUAAAAAAAGUGUUAGAGUGCAAAUAUUUUUUUAAAGAAAGACAGAGAUAAUCUAUAAAUAUUUGUAGGUAAAAAAAGGAAGAAAAAAAUUUACUGUGCAUAGCAUAUACUACUGUGGAAAUGGAAUAGUGCGAAAAUAAUAUAAUUUAUUGGAAUUUCAGCUCGAUUUCAUAGUCUUAUCUGAGCUAUUUCACACAUUUGUAAAUAUGAUUAUGUGCUGGCAUUGGGGCGGCCAAGUGAUAUUUAAAAUAGAAAAUAAAUUAGAUGAUGAUUGAAAAUAGCAAAUGUUUGUCAUGGAUGUACAACUUUUUUUUAGCCACAUUUGAAUUUCACUUAUUGUUUUCACGAAAGAAUGAAAAAUUACGCCUAGCGGCAAAUUAGGUGUUGUGUUUCUCUUAAACGGAAAAGACAUUCGAUUUUAAUCAAUAAAUAUAUUAUUAUAAUUCAGAGCAAAGACAUUUUAUAACAUCUAAAUGAUAGAGGUCAUUGUGCAUACUUUAUAGGUAAUAUUAUCAUUGUUGAUAUAAAGAAAUUCAAGAAAAUAAAACCUUUAAAUUAUCGAAAAAGCAAA